AUGGCUGAUGCUGAGAUUUCGGAUUCUAUACCUGAUAAGUUUUGGGAUCUGUCUUCCAGCUUCGUCGAGUUAAACCUAUCAAUGAACCAAAUCCAUGGAAAGUUGCCAAAUCUGUCAACAAAAAACUGCACCUUCAGUUCUUUUGACUUGUCAUCUAAUCUCAUGGACGGCCCACUUCCGCCAUUCCUUCAGGAUAACAAACUUUCUGGAGAAUUGCCUUCUUUGGAGAACUGUACAGAAUUAAGAGUUGUUGACCUCGGUGCCAAUAAACUAUCUGGAAAAAUACCGACAUGGAUAGGCCCGAACCUAUCAAUGUUGCUGGUUCUUCGCUUAAAGUCGAACGAGUUUUAUGGAAGCAUACCUUUAAGUCUAUGCAGUCUUCCUGCCCUUCAUGUUUUGGACUUCUCCAAGAACAAUAUAUCCGGAGCCUUGCCACAUUGCCUCGCUAACAUACCAGCUUUGUCAUCGAUGGCCACCGAGGUGGAGGACAGCACCUUUGUUGGUUUUACUGGGGUGCUUCCUAACAACUUUGGUCAGCUGGAGAUGUUAGAAUCGCUUGAUUUGUCACGAAACCAGAUAUCUGGUAGCAUUCCUCCGAGUUUUUCGAGCUUACAUUAUCUUAGUGUCUUGGACUUGUCAUACAACAACUUAUCAGGUAGAAUUCCGCUAAGUACUCAACUUCAAAGUUUUAAUGCUUCUCAAUUUACGGGAAAUCAUGGACUUUGCGGACAACCGCUCACACCAGAAUGCCCGGUAGAUGCAACAACGGAAGAUCCUGCAGUCCCUAAUGGCAGUGGAAGUGACCAGACCAAACAAGAUGAUGAUGGUCUCAUAAGCUUUGGAUUUUAUGUUAGCUUGGCGCUUGGAUUUAUCAUAGGAUUCUGGAGUGUUUGUGGUACUUUAGUUCUGAAGACAUCUUGGAGGUACGCCUAUUUCCGGUUCUUUGAUGAUAUAAAAGCUCGGAUUAUGUGA